GACCUGCUCUGCAGCAUGGGGGACGACAGGCUGCCCAGAAAACCAAACAUCUUUCUCCUCCUUCUCUUCUUCCUUCCUGGAAAUACCUCUCCCACCACAGAACCGCAGUACAUGGUGCUACUGCCCUUUCUGAUACACACUGAGUCUCCUGGGAAAGUCUGUGUUCAGCUGACCCACCUGAAUGAGUCUGUGACACUGAGUGCCACACUUGAGUACCAAGGAGAAAACAGGAGCUUGAUCAAUGAUGUGGUAUCAGAGAAGGAUGUCUUCACCUGCAUCCCUUUCUAUCUUCCAAAAUCCAACAGCACAUCAGUGGCGUUUCUCACUGUGAUGGUAAAGGGGGCAACAGUGCAGUUCAUGAGUCGCAAGUCAGUGCUCGUCCAGAAUUCUGAGAGCUUGGUCUUCGUUCAGACAGAUAAACCCAUCUACAAGCCUGGACAGACAGUUCUGUUUCGGAUCGUCUCUCUGGACAAAGACUUCCACCCGCUGAAUGAGAAGUUUCCACUUGUCUAUAUUCAGGAUCCCCAGAGGAACCGUAUCUAUCAAUGGCAAGGGGUGGAACUAGACACCGGCCUUACGCAGCUGUCCUUCCCCCUUGCCUCAGAGCCCAUCCAAGGCUCCUACAAAAUAGUGGUGCAGAAGAGUUUCUCAUCCCAUGUGGAGCACUCCUUCAGUGUGGAGGAAUAUGUGCUGCCCAAGUACGAGGUGCUAGUGAAACUGCCCAAGACGAUCACUAUUAAGGACAUGGAGCUUCCAGUGUCCAUCUGCGGUCUGUACACUUAUGGGAAACCUGUUCCUGGUCUGGUCAGUGUCCAAGUGUGCCGGAAAUUUUCCCAUUCUGCUUCAAGUUGUUACGGAAAAGAAGCAGAAGCUGUUUGUGAAGAAUUUACUAGGCAGGCAGAUGCUCGUGGGUGUGUUUCUGGUGUAGUAAGGACCAAGAUAUUUCAGCUCCAGCGCAGGGGAUAUGAGAUGAGCAUUGAGGUACAAGGAAAGAUCAUAGAAGAUGGCACAGGAACAGAGAUGACUGGAACAGGCUCCUGUACAAUUACAUCCGUCAUGAGCAAAGUCAGCUUUGACCUGCUGGACUCUCAAUAUAGACCAGGGAUCCCACUCUUUGGGAGGGUGAAGCUGGUAGACGGCACUGAUGCUCCAAUUGCCAAUGAAACCAUCACGAUUUCUGUGGAUGGAGACAGAUACAGAGAGAAUUAUACUACAGAUGAGCAGGGGCAAUCCUGGUUUUCCAUAGACACUGCCACUUUCACACAAGCUUCCCUGGAAGUCCGAGCUGAUUAUAAACCUGAACUGAACUGUUAUGACAACAACUGGAUCACACCUUCACAUGAGCAUGCCAUACGUAGAAUCAGUCGGUUUUACUCACCCAGUAAGAGUUUUCUCAAAAUUGAGCCAAAGCCUGAGACAUUAAGUUGUGGCUCCACAGCGGAGGUCCAAGUACACUAUAUCUUCACACAAGAGGCCCUAGGAGGGCAGAAGAGCAUUGUCAUUUACUAUCUGGUCAUGGCCAAGGGAAGCAUUAUAUUAUCAGACACCUAUGAUCUGACUGUGAAUCCUGGAGAUGGCUAUGGGACAUUUCAGCUGACCUUCCUUGUUGAUGCUGCAAUUGCUCCUCUGGCACGGAUGCUUGUGUAUACCACUUUACCCAGUGGAGAAGUCAUUGCCAGUUCAGCAGAUUUUCAGGUUGAAAGCUGCCUCCCCAAUAAAGUCAGAUUGCGUUUUUCACCCAAGGAAGGUCUUCCUGCCUCCAAUACAAGCCUGCAACUCCAUGCCUCACCAGGAUCUCUGUGUGCCCUCCGUGCUGUGGACAAGAGUGUAGUCCUUAUGAAGCCUGAGGAUGAGCUCUCUUCCAGCUCUGUGUAUGAUCUUCUCCCACUGAAGGAUGUCCGAGGUUAUAGCUUCAAGGACUACUACCUGGAAGAAGACAAUGUAAACCCUUGUGUGUCACUUGACAACAUAUUAUUAAAUGGAUUUGUCUAUAUACCCACAUCUCCUGAUGGUGAAGAUGAUGCCUAUGACAUUCUCAAAGAAUUGGGCUUAAAAGUCUUCACUAGCAGCAAAAUCCAUAAGCCUGAAAUCUGUCAGCAUUACCCAGGACACAUGAUGGAAAGGAGUUACAGUAGUUCUAUCACUGCAAUGAGUCUACUUGAUGAAUUUGAUGAGGAUGUGAUAAAAGAUACGGUUGCUGCCAGUCCUGUGGAUACCAUCCGGAAGUACUUCCCCGAGACAUGGAUCUGGGACUUAGUUUCAGUGAACUCUGAGGGAAAUGCUGAUCUAGAUGUGACCAUCCCUGACACCAUCACCGAGUGGAAAGCCAAUGCAUUCUGCACUUCAGCAGACAGGGGCUUUGGCCUGUCCCCAACAGUGUCCCUCAGAGCCUUCCAGCCCUUCUUUGUAGAGCUCACCAUGCCCUACUCUGUAGUGCGUGGUGAGUCCUUCACACUCAAAGCCACCGUUUUCAACUACCUGGCUGCCUGCAUCAGGGUCAGCGUGUCACUCACUGAAUCUACCAAUUUCCUGGCUACACCAGUAGAGAAGCAGGAGGAAUCAUACUGUGUCUGCAUGAAUGAAAGAAAAACUGUGGCUUGGGUCGUAACACCAAAGUCUCUAGGGCAGGUGGAGUUCUCAGUAAGCACUGAGGCCCUGCAUAACCAGCAGCCCUGCGGGAAUGCCAUCGUGGAGACCCCCAGGAAAGGGAGAAAGGACACAGUCAUCAGACAGCUGCUGGUGGAGCCUGAAGGAACUGAGGUGGAAACUACCUACAACUCUGUUCUCUGUGCGUCUGAAAAGUCAAUGUCGAAGAGGAUCUCCCUGGUUCUUCCAGAGACUGUGGUGGAUGGCUCAGCCAGAGCAUAUUUCUCAGUGUUAGGUGACAUCAUGGGCACUGCCAUGCAGAACCUGCACCAGCUUCUCCAGAUGCCAUUUGGCUGUGGGGAGCAGAACAUGGUCCUGUUUGCACCCAACAUCUAUGUUCUGGACUACCUGAACAAGACAGGGCAGCUGAGUGAGGAGGUCAAAUCCAAGGCCAUUGGAUAUUUAGUGAGCGGGUAUCAGAGACAACUGAACUACAAACACUGGGAUGGUUCUUAUAGCACCUUUGGGCCCCGUUACGGGCAAGCUGGGAAUACCUGGCUCACAGCCUUUGUCCUCAAGUCCUUUGCCCAAGCCCGGCCUCACAUCUUCAUAGAUGAAAAGCACAUACAGGAUGCUUUGAUCUGGCUUACUCAAAAGCAAAAGGAGAAUGGCUGCUUCCACAGUUCUGGGACGCUCCUGAACAAUGCCAUGAAGGGUGGAGUGGACAACGAGGUCUCUCUGACGGCAUACAUCACUAUUGCAUUGCUGGAGAUUCCUCUGCCUGUAACUCACUCAGUGGUGCGUAAUGCUCUCUUCUGCCUGGAAACAGCAACAAAUGAGAAAGAAAACCACGUGUACACCAAAGCACUGAUGGCGUACGCCUUUGCCCUGGCAGGGAAGGAGGAGAAGAGGAAGGCAUUGCUUGGCUCUCUUGAAAAGGAAGCUGUGAAAGAGGAUGGGACUGUACACUGGCAGCGGCCUGGGAAAGAGCCCGAGGUUGAUCUCCCGUACUAUCGCUACCGGGCUCCCUCUGCUGAAGUGGAGAUGACAGCCUACGUGCUCCUUGCUCACCUCUCCGUGCAGCCAGCACCCUCCCAGGAGGAGCUGUCCUUGGCGUCUCUCAUUGCAAAGUGGAUCAGCGGGCAGCAGAAUCCCAAUGGAGGCUUCUCCUCCACCCAGGACACAGUGGUGGCUCUCCAAGCCCUGUCCCUGUACGGAGCUGCCACCUAUGCCAAGAGUGGAGCAGCUUCCAUGGUGACCCUGAGAUCUGCAGGGGACUUCCAGCAAGACUUCCGAGUGGAUCCCACAAACCGGCUGCUGCUCCAGCGCGUGGCCCUGCCCCAGGUUCCAGGGGUGUACAGCACGGAGGUGUCAGGAGAAGGAUGCGUCUACCUGCAGACAAGCCUGAAGUACAACGUGCAGCCCACUCAGGAGGAUGCACCCUUCAAGCUCAAUGUCUACACGAUCCCAGAGACAUGUGUGGACUCCAAGGCUCACAGGGUCUUUGACAUAGGCAUAAAUGUCAGUUACACUGGGGAGCGCAACAGCUCCAACAUGGUGAUUGUUGAUGUGAAGAUGCUGUCAGGAUUCAUCCCUGUGAAGUCCUCCGUGAGGAAGCUCUCAAACACCUGGCUUCCCCAGAUCCAAAGGACCGAAGUGAGCACAAACCACGUUCUGCUCUACAUCGAGCAGCUGAGCAGUGAGACCCUCAGCUUCUCCUUCACAGUGGAGCGGGAUGUCCCUGUGCAGGGCCUGAAGCCUGCUCAGGUGAAGGUCUAUGACUACUAUGAGACAGAUGAGUUUGCUACACAGGAAUACAGUGCUCCCUGCACCACAGGUGGGGUACCAAGAGCUUUGCAGUUUUCUACAUCUUUCUUGUGUUUCUGAUCUUGCAGCCAACAU